AGUGGCUCGCAGCCGCGGCGCCUGGUCGCCAUCGCUGCAGCGCCACUCGGGCGGACUCGCCUCUCACAAUGCGGCUCUAGAAGCGGCGUCUCUCUGACCCCUGUCGCUGCCCGCCACUUACCGUCCGUUCGAGCGACCGGGCUCCGCUCAGAGCUCAGGCCGCGCCGCGCCGCGCCGCCAUGGAGGAGCAGCAGGAGGAGCGCGAGGCGGAGAUCCACGGGCCCGAGCUCUGGUUCUCCAAGUGGGAGCGACAGUGUCUGGCCGCGGCCGAGCAGGACGAGCCCAGCGAGGAGGAGGCGGAACCCAGCCGCCAGAAGAGCUGGCACCUCUUCCAGAACUCUGCCACCGCGGUGGCGCAGCUCUACAAAGACCGGGUGUGUCAGCAGCAGGGACUCUCUCUCUGGAUGCCUUUCCAAAACGCCGCCACGGCCGUCACCAACCUGUACAAAGAGAGCGCCGACGCCGGGCAGCGCAGCUGCGACCGCGGGGUCCAGGUGGGCUACCAGCGCAGGAACAAGGACGUGCUCGCCUGGGCCAAGAAGCGCCGGAGGAGCAUCCGCCGGGAGGACCUCAUCAGCUUCCUGUGCGGCAAAGCCCCGCCCCCUCGCUCGGCCCGCACCCCGCCCCGGGUGAUGCCCGAGCCCGCCGGCUCCAUGGAGGCGGAGCUGCAGCCCUUCAGGGAGGCCGUCGCCCUCUGCGGCCUCAGCGGCGCCAUGGCCGGCAUCUCGGUCCGCUCCAACCCGCCCGGGUCGCCCGUGGGCCGCCGCAGGAACGGCCUGCACGACGUGGACCUCAACACCUUCAUCGCCGAGGAGAUGGCGCUGCACCUGGACUCGGGCGCCAACCGCAAGCGAGGCCCCGCCCCCUGUGGUGACGUCAUCACGGACUCCCCCACUCAUAAACGGAACAGGAUGCUCUGAACUGUGCUGCCCCCGGUGGACGCUGAGCAGAAAUAAACAGAAGAGUACAAACCCGCACAUCUGUUCCUGAGUGACCGUCUCACACACACGCACACACACGCUUGUCCUCGUGGGGACCUCGCCUGCUGAUCACCCGCGUCAGAGCUGUGUGGCGUUUCGUCAUCUCACUGGCUGGUUGCCACGGUGACGCUGAGGAUGAGGCGCUCAGAGAAAGUUGGCACCAGUCGACGUGGUGGCGCCGGGACCCGUCACCCGCCCCCAGCUGCCUCCCUCGGUCAUGUGACGCCGUGCUGUCGGGACGCGCGCUCCUCCCGGCACCCGCCACACACGCCGCUGCACAGGCGCCCGCAGAAACAGACACGCCAGGUGGCGCUCUCGACACGGCCGGCUGACUCCCAGACACUGCACUUCUGCGGACUCACCGCGAGAGGGAGACGUUUCCCUUCAGACAGCCGGCCGGCGUUUGGCGAGCUGGCUGUGACGUCACCGUGGACACCUGCUCAGUGACCGACGCAACACGACCACACGAGCCUGAGCAGGCGCAACAGAAGCCCGUCUCUGUCCGCGGACCAGAAGCGUGCAGUGGCAGGACACCAGCCUUCCGCUGGGUGGCGCCACUUCGGAUGACGAAGGCGACUGACUCGAGUCGCUGUCUCAUUCUCUUUCACGCGCAGCUGAGCGCGUGCGGGCGGGACGCAACAAGUGUCUGAAUGUUCCCGCACUCUCGACCAUCUGGGCCACGCGGACGCAGGUGUCCGCCGCAUGUUUGCUGA